UGCGGCUCCUCCGGCCGGGCUGCGUCCUGCGGGUCUGCCCGGCCUUUGGCACGAGCAGCGUGAGGACGGGCUUUCGAGCCUUCUAGAGCAGUAGGGCGGGUAAACAGACGGGCUCUGGCAGCCGGUGCCCGGGUAGCUCGCCGCCCGCUGGUUUGCUGCUUCUGAGGCGGGAGCGGAGCGACGCCUGAGGAGAGCAGCUUGCUGUGCUGCGGGCAGCUGCUGCCGUUCCGUGCCUCGUCCUGAGCGCGUGCGGAAUCCGCACGUGUCGGACCUUCUGAGGAGAGUUAGCUGUCUGCCAUGCAAGCCAGCGCCGAGAGCAGCCCCGUGCUCCUGCCUGGGAACGGAGCAAGUCUUUCGAGGAGCUCGGGGCAGCAGGCGAGGCGGGCUUGCUCCCACCUGGGGCCUCCACCUGCGGCAGUGUGAGGUGCUGCUCGGGCUCUUGGUCUGCGGUCAUCUCGGAGACCGUAAAGUGGCUGAGAAGCUCCCUGGUGCAUCGCCGCCGUACUGCGUGUGUAAAAGCAUGCGGGCACGUUCUUGUUUUGUCCACUGUAAGGGUGCAAACAGCUACGGACAACUUGGCCUUGGUCAUAAAGAGGAUGUGCUGGUACCUCAGUCACUGAAAGAUGUUUCCUGCAAAUGUCAAGACAUCAGGAGCAUCACUGGAGGAGGGGGACAUUCUGCAGUUAUCACUGGUGCUGGAGAACUCUUUGUAUGUGGCCAUAAUAAAGAGGGGCAGUUGGGAUUGAAUCACACGGAAAAUGUGCUCUGUUUUACACUGUGUGCUGCCCUGUCUGGCUUCUGUGUGCAAGAAGUGGCCUGUGGCUGGGAUUUUACAAUCAUACUAGGAGGAGCUGGCCUUGUUCUGUCCUGUGGGUCUAAUGCUUUUGGGCAACUAGGAGUUCCUCAAAUUUCAGGUCCAUGCUUGAUUCCACAAAAGAUUGAGUCCCUCAAAGAGAAAGUAGUGGAUAUUGCUGCAGGACUGAGACAUGCCCUUGCUGCUACAGAGAGUGGUUUGGUGUUUCAGUGGGGAACUGGCAUGGCGUCUCGGGCAAAGCGUGUGCACCAGGAGAAAACCCUCCCUCUGUUCUGGACUGCGAAGGAACCCUGUGAAAUAAAAGGCCUGGAAGAUGUGAAGGCAAAGAGAGUUGCUGCAGGCUCCUACCAUUGUGUGUCUCUUACAGGUGAAGGACACCUCUAUGUCUGGGGUAGCAACAAACACGGGCAGCUGGUGAGCAAAGAGGUAUUUCUUGUUGAGCCCAAGAAGAUCGACACUCAGUUUUUCUCACAUGAAAAGAUUGGAGCAGUUUGGAGUGGUUGGACUCAUUUGGUGGCACAGACAGAAACUGGGAAGGUAUUCACCUGGGGCAGAGCAGACUACGGACAGCUUGGAAGACAUGCAGUGGUUCCUGAUGGGGAGGAGAUGUGCACAGCAUCUGAACAAUCCGUGAAGCUGUUCUGUAACAUUCCUAUUUCCUUGUCUUGCCUAAAUGGAGCAUCUCAGAUCGCAUGUGGCUCCGAGCAUAAUCUGGCAGUAGUUGGUAAGUAGCUUGAUUUUGUAUCAAUUCUGUCACCUUUUUUUCAUUUAUAAGUAGCACAAGAUGAAAG